ACCAUAUAUCUCCUAUGAAAAUACACAUUAGUCUCUAAUCAUCUCCACCAAUGGAAAUCUUCAACCAUUGUGGUUGUCAUUCGUAGAUUUAAUUUUACAGUAAUAUUAAUUUCCAAGGGUUUGCAACUCCUCUCCCAGUGCCACUAGUUUCAAAAGGAUGAAGCUCGCUUUCAUUUGUUGCUGAAAGCGAGGAGACGCCGAUGAAAUCUAGAAGACGACAACUUUAACCAAUCAGACGACGAGGCACUAGAUUAUGCCUUCACUCUGCUCCGAUGGGAAAUGGAGAAUCGGCCGCCACGUCUCUCCGUCGCCUUCAAUUUACAGUGCGUUGGCCACAUCAACGUCAGCGUCGCUCCCGGUCGCUGGCGGUGACUGGAACCGUGGAUCCUGUCACCGCGCCAGAAUAAAUCCUCCCUCGACGAAGCCACCGUCCCUGCAACCCGACGGCAUGCAGUCGACGAUGGCAGCGGCGGUGGAGAAUUGGACACGGGGAGACGACAAGGCCUUCGAGAACGCACUGGCAACGGCGGCCUCGCCGCCGGAGGAGCUGGGAGACGGCGCCUCGUUGUGGGAGACGAUCGCAACGAGACUGCCGGGGAAGACGGCGGCGGAGGUGCGGCGGCACUACGACCUGCUGCUGGAGGACGUGAAGGCCAUCGAGGCCGGACGCGUUCCGAUCCCGCGAUACGCCUGCGAGGAGGCGACGCAUAAUUCGUCCAAGGAGAAGCACCACCGUGAUGGCAACGGCAGCCGCCGCCGCCGCCGCCGCCAUGGAUGCUCCAAAGCCGAACAAGAGCGUCGAAAAGGAAUCCCAUGGACAGAGGAAGAGCACAGGUUAAUUACACGUCUUUUUCUCCUCGGCCUCGAAAAGUUUGGUAAGGGCGACUGGCGGAGCAUAUCGAGGAACUUUGUCAGCUCAAGGACUCCCACUCAAGUCGCAAGCCACGCUCAGAAACACUUCAUUCGGUUGAACUCCUUGAACAACCGUGACCGCCGGCGAUCGAGCAUCCACGACAUCACAAGUGCGAAUGGCGCCGUCGACGACGCGCCGUCUUCCCCGCAGGGAGCCGCUGCAUCGCCGAUGAAGCAUCGCCAUUCGCUGGCGAAUGUUCCGGGAAUGGCCGUGUACGGACCUCCAGUUGGUCAUCCGAUUAGCGGGCACAUGGUCACGGCAGUGGGCACGCCGGUGAUGCUUCCUCCUCCAGGCCAUGCUCCUCCAUAUGUCGUGCCAGUUGCAUAUCCAGUUCCUCCACCGCCGAUGCACCAAUCGCUCUUUUGAGCGAUUCUGAUUUUGCUAAAAGAGGAUGUGAAAAAUCAAGCUGUUUUUCUUCUUCUCCAAAUAAAGAAUUGAUUUUUUUUUUAUUUUUUGGUUUCUGAGGGCCAAGGAAUCAGUGUCCGUACUUGAUCGGGCGAGGUCACGAGGAGCCAACUUGCCUCCUGAAGUAAAUUAGUAAACUGAAUGUUUGAUUAAUGGCUUUCAUUUGUCUCCGUGACUGCCGACUUCUCAAACAGCGUGCGGCUCUCAAGCAGCGUUGCAGUGCACGCUCCUGCCACCAUCUCCUCCUCCUCCCCUUCUCUAUAAAACUCCCUGAGAGAUCCAGAUAUCAUUCAUCAACACAAGCUAGCCCCGUCGGUUUUGUUUUCUGUGGCGGGCG